GCAUUCCCACGUCAGAAGGGGAGGAGGAAAGCAAGCGACCUGAGGAGGGCAAUUUGGGAAGCAGCCGCGCCUCAAGAUUUGUCACCUUCAACCACCACCUUCGCGCACACCCACCACCACCACCACCACCACUUCCGACGGAAGGCUCCCUGCCUCUCUGCGCGCAGCACUCGAUUUCGCUUUUGAGAGGGCUUUGCAGUGAAGCUCACGAAAGUAUGAUAGCGGUUGUUGUUGCUGCUGCUGUUGCUGUCUCUCCAUCUCUUUCAUACCCGUAGCAGCUGCAUCCACACAUUACCCACGUCCGCACACUGCGAUCUGGUCGUCGCCCGUUCGCAUUGGCCUCUGAUACAUGAUCUCGGGUGCGUGAUCGUGUGCCGGCUUCUUGACGAGGGAUGACCAUGGAGAACGGGGAGGAUUGCUGCGUGAAGGUGGCCGUCCACAUCAGGCCCCUCAUCGGCGACGAGCGGCUGCAGGGCUGCAAGGAUUGCGUCACCGUCGUCCCCCGCAAGCCACAGGUGCAAAUUGGCACCCACUCAUUUACUUUCGAUCAUGUGUAUGGGAGUACAGCUUCUCCAUCAUCUCUCAUGUUUGAUGAAUGUGUUGCUCCACUUGUUGAUGGUUUGUUCCAAGGAUACAAUGCCACUGUUCUUGCAUAUGGUCAGACGGGUUCAGGAAAGACAUACACCAUGGGAACUGGAUGUAAGGAUGAUUCUCAAACUGGGCUUAUCCCUCAGGUUAUGAAUGCCUUAUUUAGCAAGAUUGAGACUCUGAGAAAUCAAGCUGAAUUCCAGUUGCGUGUCUCAUUCAUCGAGAUUUUGAAGGAAGAAGUGAGAGAUCUGUUGGAUAGUUCAUCUGUUAGCAAAUUGGACGUUACCAGUGGCCAAGUUGGGAAGAUGACAGUCCCUGGGAAACCUCCAGUACAGAUACGUGAGGCAUCAAAUGGGGUAAUAACGCUUGCUGGAUCAACUGAGGUUUCUGUUAGCAUUCAAAAGGAGAUGGCUGCAUGUCUAGAGCAAGGUUCACUGAAUCGUGCAACUGGAAGUACAAACAUGAACAACCAGUCCAGCCGUUCCCAUGCUAUCUUCACAAUCAUGUUGGAGCAGAUGCGCAAACAUGGUCCAAUUGUCAGUACUGAAGGUGUCCAAAUUGAGGAUGUAAAUGAGGAUUAUCUAUGUGCAAAGUUCCACCUAGUUGAUCUUGCUGGAUCAGAACGAGCUAAGAGAACAGGUUCAGAUGGUCUCCGCUUCAAGGAAGGGGUUCAUAUUAACAAGGGGCUUUUAGCUCUUGGAAAUGUCAUAAGUGCUCUUGGAGAUGAGAAAAAGCGUAAGGAAGGUGCCCAUGUUCCAUACCGUGAUAGCAAACUUACUCGGCUCUUACAGGAUUCACUUGGCGGGAAUAGCAGGACUGUAAUGAUAGCCUGUAUCAGCCCUGCUGAUAUUAAUGCAGAGGAAACUCUUAACACACUAAAGUAUGCUAAUCGAGCUCGCAACAUCCAGAAUAAACCCAUUGUUAACAGAAAUCCAAUAUCAGAAGAGAUUCAGAGAAUGCGCCAACAUAUUGAAUACUUGCAGGCUCAACUAGCUUGUUAUCGUGGAGAAGGAGCAUCUGAUGAAAUUCAGGCUCAACUAGCUUGUUAUCGUGGAGAAGGAGCAUCUGAUGAAAUUCAGGCACUCAAGGAGAAAGUCUCUUGGCUAGAAGCUACCAACGAAGAUCUUUGUAGAGAACUCUAUGAAUACCGGAGUCAAUCCUCUCAGAAUGAACAUUUUGACAUUGAUUCUCAAAAAUCUGGAAUGUUUUUUCUGAAAGCAGAAGGUCUAAAGAGAAGCCUCCACACCACAGAAGGAUUUGAUUAUCAGAUGACUGAGACACUAAGAGGUAAUUCUAGGGAAAUAGAUGAAGAAGUAGCCAAAGAGUGGGAACACACAGUCUUGCAAGAUUCUAUGGGCAAGGAGUUGAAUGAGUUAAAUAGGCGAUUGGAGCAGAAAGAGUCCGAGAUGAAAACAUUUGGCGGAUUUGACACACUUGCUCUUAAGCAACACUUCAAAAAGAAACUCAUGGAGCUUGAGGAUGAGAAAAGAGCAGUGCAGCAAGAGAGAGAUAGAUUGUUGGCUGAAGUGGAAAACCUUGCUGCCGCCACGGAUGGGCAAGUGCAGAAGCUGCCAGACAACCACUUGCAGAAAUUGAAAGAUCUUGAAGCACAGAUUUUGGAUCUUAAAAAGAAACAAGAGAGCCAGGUUCAAUUGUUAAAGCAAAAACAAAGGAGCGAGGAAGCAGCAAAGAAGCUGCAAGAAGAAAUACAAUAUAUUAAGGCACAAAAGGUUCAAUUGCAUCACAAGAUUAAGCAAGAGGCAGAGCAGUUCCGCCAGUGGAAGGCUUCUCGUGAGAAGGAAUUACUUCAGUUGAGGAAGGAGGGGAGAAGAAAUGAGUAUGAGCGUCACAAACUUCAGGCAUUGAAUCAACGACAGAAAUUGGUUCUUCAGAGGAAGUCAGAGGAGGCUGCAAUGGCUACAAAGAAGCUGAAAGAGUUGCUAGAAACUCGAAAAUCCUCAGCAGUUAUUACAAAUGGCCAUUUAUCAGGUGUUCAGUUCAAUGAAAAGUCUCUGCAAUGUUGGCUGGACCAUGAGCUUGAAGUUAUGGUGCAUGUGCAUGAAGUUCGGAAGGAAUAUGAGAAACAAAGUCAAAUACGUGCUGCCUUGGCUGAGGAGCUUGCCAUUCUGAAACAUGAGGAGGCUUUAUCAAUCAGCGGUAAUCCACCAAGAGUAAAGAAUGGACACUCCAGAGUAUCCCCUUUGUCCCCAAAUGCACGAUUAGCAAGAAUUGCAUCAUUGGAAAACAUGGUGAGCAUAUCAUCAAACAUGCUUGUGGCAAUGGCUUCCCAGCUUUCAGAGGCAGAGGAGCGUGAGCGUGCAUUCGCAGGACAUGGAAGGUGGAAUCAGCUGCGGUCCAUGGGAGAAGCAAAGAGCUUGCUUCACUAUGUGUUUAAUGUUGCUGCAGAUGCGAGGUGCAAGUUGAGGGAGAAGGAAAUUGAUAUUAAGGAACUAAAGGAGCAACUGAAUGAACUUGUGAGUCUUCUUCGACUCAGUGAAGCACGGAGGAAAGAAAUGGAGAAGCAAAAAAUGUUUGAAGAGCAAGCUGUUGCAACAGCAUUAGCCACAUCUCAUUCGGUGAGCUCAAAUGGUUCUCAGAAGCACUGUGCUGAUGAAACCAGUGACCCAUCGUCUCCGGUAGCAGUACCAGCACAGAAACAACUGAAGUACACUGCUGGUAUUGUUAAUAGCCCAAGCAAAGGGACUGCAGCUUUUGACCAUCGGCCCCUGAAGAUGGUGCCGAUCACACAACUGCCCUUGGCAAAGAAACUAGCAAUAGUAGGCCAGGGAGGCAAGCUCUGGAGAUGGAAAAGAAGCCACCAUCAGUGGUUACUACAGUUCAAAUGGAAAUGGCAGAAACCAUGGAAACUCUCUGAGUCAAUCCGGCAUAGUGAUGAAACAUUCAAGCGGGCAAAACGUAGAACCCUGCCUCUUCGGGACAUUUUGUGAUACAAAGUAUACUAGUGCAACUCAACCUGUUCCCAAACAGGUUGUUAGUUGCAUAGAAACUGUUUACAGCAAAUCGAAAUGCAAGAUGAUGUUUCUUCGUAAGUAAACCACAUACAUAUAGGUAAGCAUAUUAUAAGAAAAAUACUAUCAGCCGCAUGCUCAUGUUUGCCUUCACCAAUAAUGAGACGCCAAAUAGUUGGUCUGGAAUGUAAAGAUCUUCUCUUUGUUGGUAAGAUAAGUGCAUCCUCGUGGAGCCUCCGAAGUCACUUGUAAAGUGCGACAACCCUUCAAGAGAAAAUGCUGCUUAUGAACUGGGAUGGAGAAUGAAGCUGGACAUUGCUACUUGGUAGUUGUAUUGUUUGUUCUUUACCUAAGUGUGUUACUACUAAAAGUGGAGAUCUGAGAAGGUUUUGGCCAUUUAGCCUGGCAUAAUCUUGUUGUAAUUUUUUGUAUUUUGUUUAUAGUGGUGGAGAGAUAUUUCCAGGUCCCAUGUAUUAAUUCAUUCACAGUGUGAUGAAAACUUUUCCCCA